AUGUCGUGGACUCCAGUGGACUUCAGCUGUGUCCGCUACUCUGCGGUAGAGGGCACACACUACUUUCAUGACUCCGCCUUUCCUUCCUCGAUACAGUUCUUGCUGUCCGGUCGCUGGGAGCCUUGGGACGUCAGCUACGUGAAGUACAAGGCUCAAGAUCCGGAUGUCCGACGCGUUGCAGAAGAAGCAGAGUUGCGACUUAUCCGGGAUCCAUACUCUGGAUACAUUCCAUGGCCAUCUCCGCCUCCCUCUGCCACAGGCCCUCCACCACUAGCUCCCAUAUACGGACAGGCUCCAUCACAACCGAUCGUCACCCAUACUACAGCAGCAGGUCUCAUGACACCUUCACCGUCAACGGUAGUUGAGGUUGCUCUCCCCGGCUCGCCACGCGAUCAUAGUACGCCUUCAUCAGCAACGACAGCCACCGUGUAUGCUUCCCCAUACGCAUUUCAAGCUGCUGCGCCAACUGGCGCUACGCAAAUACCGUCAGAAUCGACUCCCACUGUUCAAGCAGUUCCUGAAAACAACGCGCGCCCAUCUUCGCAGUACAUUGAUCCCACCUUACGUGAUCCGCCACCAAACCCAGCAGCACCUCUACCAGCCAUCCUUUCGAGGACGAGAGAGACGAAGAUUCUGCUUUCAAUUGACGGUGACGGUAUCCGGGGGUUGUCUGCUCUCCUCUUGGUUGAAUCGCUGGUCAAUGCGAUCUGCGUCAAAGUUGGGCAGCGCUUAGACAGCCACCAGAUCUUCGACUUGACGGGUGGUAGUUCUCUUGGCGGUAUAAUAGCCAUCAUGCUAUGUCGACUGCGCAUGCAAGCCCACAGAGCAAGAGAAGCCUACAAGCAGAUCGCGAAACAAGUAUUCGACAACAAAAGGGCCUACUUCAGAUAUCUCGACCCUCAUGCACAGAUACAGAAGCCUGACGACAGCGCGUUAGAGAACGAGAUUAAGAGCGUUGUUCAGCAGGAGCUAGGCAGCCCGGACGAAGUACUCCUGGAUGGACGGCCCGACUCGGGCGACGUUUUCGCAAUCACGACACAAAUGGAUAUCGGCACGAACAAAGCUGCCCUUAUCCGAUCAUACCAAACACGCCGCAUAACUGGACCGGACUUGGAACCCAACAUGCCCAUAUGGCAAGCGAUGAAGGCGACCUCGGCGGCCCCACGAUACGUGCAAUCCGAGCCAGGAGUUCCGCAACGGUUCGUAAUCGAGAAAGGUCUCGUCGAUCAUGGAACUACAAAGAACAACCCAGUUCGCGACAUCCUGUAUGAAUGCAGGAAGCUGUUCCGAUAUGCGAACGACAUGAUGAUCAUUGUCUCGGUCGGUACGGGCGUCGGCCUGAAUCGCAAAAAUGAGAUUCCCGAAAUGGCGAACAGCGUCGAGGAUAGGAAGGCUGAAGCAAGAUCGUGGGGUGAUAGAUUCGAGGUCGAACAUGCUGCGUUGAUGGAGCGCAACUGGAUGAAAUACUUUCGGUUUGAUGUGACGGGUUUAGAGGAUGUGCCACUGGAGGAGUGGAGUCACGAAGAUCUGAUUAAGGAGAAGACUUCGGAAUAUCUCGCCCAGCCAGAGGUUGGACAGAGGUUCUAUGCGUGUGUUGAUGCGAUAACGGCGCUGCUACUGAGCCCGCAGGGGAGGUAG